AUGGCGGCGGACGCAGCCGACGGCCCCAUGAAGGAGAGGGCGUAUGCAAUGCCGCUGGUGGCCUCUGCAAGAUGGAGCAAGUGUUGGAAGAAGAAAGAGAACCCUUUUGACAAGUAUGCGGACUUGACCAAAAAAGCCUGGGACGAGCUUGUUGAAAAGUGGAAUGCUCCCGAGUUCCAACAGUCAAGUGAGUAUUUUCGGGGUCUCCGAGCGCGGAACGAGCUUGACCACCACCUUGGCUCAGCGGGAUAUGCUGGAAAGCAACGCAAGUGGGAGCAGGAGGAUGAGAUGCUGGCAGAGAGGGGCAUUGAGAAUCCCUAUGAAUCGUUUGAGGGACGGCUGGCACCAUUUAUGCGUGCUAGGUCAAAGCUCACGGAGGAUGGCAAUAUCAAUUUCUACAGCACGAGCGCUGAGGAAGUUGCUCAAAAGGCUUUGAUAGAGAGCAGCCAAGGUUCAAAUGAAGGAGUGAGGGAGUUUGAUGCGCUCACCAGGGCUUUGGGAACCCGUGAGCAACGGGGUCGUGUCCGUGGUGUUUCCAGUCAGUUGACCUGGAAGGAGGGGUUCCCUGAACACAAAGGCAGAUACCGGAAGCGAACUCGAGACUCCUCAGCAAAGGUUGACAUAGAUGAGAUCAAAAAGCAGGUGAAGAUGGAGAUGUAUGGAGAGCUAAAGACUGAUAUCGAGUCUCAGGUGACGGUGAAGAUGUUUGGAAAGCUAAAGACCAUCUUCGAGUCUCAGGGAUUGUCGUUCCCUGAUUUGCUGGGGACCACCCAGAAGACUUUUGAUGGUCCUUCAAUGAAGGAUUGGAGAGGUGGACGUGGUGCUGGCCAAAACAUAAUUCCUAGCUCCACUGGUGCAGCAAAGGUAGCUCAAAUCUUACCUGAGCUGAACGGAAAGCUCACUGGGCAUGGCCUUCGAGUUCCAACACCAAAUGUCUCUGUGGUCGAUUUGACAUGCCGGAUUGAGAAAAGCGCCUCCUAUGAUGAUGUGAAAGCAGCCAUCAAGUACAUAACUAUCUCAUUUGGCGCAUCAGAGGGUGCACUCAAAGGUAUUCUAGGCUACACAGAUGAGGAUGUUGUUUCCAAUGACUUUGUUGGUGAUUCUAGGUCAAGCAUCUUUGAUGCCAAGGCUGGUAUUGGACUGAGCUCGUCUUUCAUGAAGCUUGUGUCUUGGUACGACAACGAGUGGGGCUACAGCAACCGGGUUCUGGACCUGAUCGCCCACAUGGCUCUCGUCAGCGCCAAGCACUGAUGUGCUGGGAUCCCUACUCAUUCCUCCAGUAGCCUAGGAAAGGCUGCAAUUUUGACGGCCAUUUUCUUUCUAGCUGUUGUUUCGAAUAAGAUGAUGUGGAGCACUUCGAACUGAGCUGAAAUGGACUCAGAUCCAUGGCUUGUAUGCUAGUUGCAGAAGGGGUAAAAUUUGCUCGUAGUGCCCCAGGCAUCAAUCUGCGGAACUGUUGAGUGAAUUUUAUGGUUCGUCGACUUGAUUCAUUACUCGUGAUGUGUGCCCUCUGAGUAAGGUGUGGUGGGAUAAUUUGGCAGUCCAUGAUUGGAGCGAAAAUUGCAACGAGCAAUCACCA